AUGAACGGUCAAGAUCGUCCAAGCAGCCGCGAUCAGUUCGGAAUCGCUAUCAUCUGCGCGUUAACACUGGAGGCCAACGCUGUUUUCUGUUCUUUGGAUGAAAUUUGGCAUGAUGCUCCCCAGAUCUACAGUAAAGCCCCCGGUGAUCCAAAUCAAUACGUCUUUGGCAGAAGUGGAAGACAUCCUGUUGUGGUGGUUACCCUCCCUGGAAUGGGAAACGUCCAAUCGUCCGGCGCAGCAGCCUAUCUCAGCAUGAGCUUCGUCUCUAUUGAACUGGCUUUGUUAGUUGGUAUCUGCGGGGCCGUGCCGUAUAGGCCAGAUGGCAAAGAUAUCAUCCUUGGAGACGUGGUAAUGAGCGAGGUGCUUGUUCGACUCGAUUUUGGUCGCCAGUACCCGAAUGAAUUCAGGCGUAAAGACACAAUAUUAGACAGACCGGCGAAGCAAAGUCAUGUCAUCUUGUCUCUUCUCAAGAACUGGCAGUCGCCCGUUAUGUCACAGCAGCUGCACACAAAAAUGAUGGAGCAUUUGAUCACCUUAAUGUGCAAUCCCUAUAUCGAUACAGAGUAUCCCACGCCAUCUUCUGAUCUCCUACUUGCCUCAGAAUAUAUUCACAAGCACCACGGUGUGUGUUUUGAGUGCAGCCAAGCAGAGUCAACCUGCGCUACAGCCUUGAAUGCCUCCUGCGAGGAGCUUGGGUGCGAUCCGCACAUGCUGAUUUGA